ACAUCCUUCCAUUUUCUUUUUAUUUAAACAGCUCUGUCUAUUUACUUUGUGAACUCAGAAAUUUUCUUUGUUCUUAAAUUCCAAGAAACUUUCUACAAAUAUACCAAGAAAAAAAGUAUCAUGGGUUCUGAAGGCAAUAAGCAACCAAUUCAUGUCUUUAUGGUUUCAUUCCCAGGCCAAGGACAUGUCAAUCCUCUACUUCGACUAGGUAAACGCCUAGCAGCCAAGGGUAUUUUCGUCACAUUUUCCACAGCUGAAAGUCAUGGUGCUCAAAUGAGAAAAGCUAAUAAAAACUUAAGCGAUGAGCCAACACCUUAUGGUUCAGGUAUGAUAAGAUUUCAGUUUAUUGAUGAUGCUUGGGAUUAUUCGAAGCCCGAGGGUAAUGACCUCGGGAUUUACAUUCAGCAUCUAGAGUCGGUAGGUAAACAACUCCUUCCUCAAAUGAUUGAGGAAGAAGAGAAACAGGGUCGCCCUGUUUCUUGUAUUAUUAACAAUCCCUUUAUCCCUUGGGUUUCAGAUAUUGCUGAAACCCUUGGAAUUCCUAGCGCUGUCCUUUGGGUUCAAUCUGCUGCCAGUUUUUCAUGUUAUUACCAUUAUGUCCAUCAAUUAGCUCCUUUUCCUACUGAAUCAAAUCCCGAGAUCGAACUCCAACUUCCAGGUAUGCCCUUGCUUAAACAUGACGAAAUUCCUAGCUUUUUGCAUCCUGCUUCUUGUUACACUAUGUUGAAGAAGGCUAUUUUAGGUCAAUUUGAAAAAUUGUCUAGUCCAUUUUGUAUACUAAUGGAUACAUUCCAAGAACUCGAACUCGAGCUCGUUGAUCAGCUUUCCAAAAUUUGUCCAAUUAAAACUGUCGGUCCAUUAUUCAAGUACCCUAAAUUAAUUUCCCCCAACGGAGAGGAUUUUCGUGGCGAUUAUUUCACGUCUGAUAGUGGCAUAAUACAGUGGCUCGAUUCGAAAUCAGCAUCCUCUGUUGUAUACAUUUCAUUUGGGAGCAUAGUCAUGUUGAAACAAGAACAAAUUGAUGAAUUGGCCUAUGGAUUGUUAAAUUCAGGGGUGAAUUUUUUAUGGGUAUUAAAAGAACCUUCAGUAGGGACAGGUUAUUUACCAGUAAAAUUACCAGAUGGAUUUUUGGACAAAGCUGGUGACAGGGCUAAAAUUGUCCAAUGGUGUCCACAAGAACAAGUUUUAGCACACCCAUCAUUAGCCUGUUUUUUAACGCACUGUGGAUGGAAUUCGACAAUGGAAGCAAUAUCAAUUGGUACGCCAGUUAUUGCGUUUCCACAAUGGGGUGAUCAAGUUCUUGAUGCUAAGUACUUAGUGGAUGUGUUUAAAGUUGGAAUUCGAUUGUGUAGAGGUGAGGAUGAAAAUAGAAUCAUUCCGCGAGAGGAAGUGGAGAAGUGCGUGAGGGAGGCGACGAGUGGAGCAAAGGCCACGGAGAUGAAAGAAAACGCGUUGAAGUGGAAGAAAGUGGCGGAGGAUGCGGUGGCUGAUGGUGGCUCCUCCCAGCAGAAUCUCCAAGCAUUCAUCGAUGAUAUUGUCACAAAGUGUACUGCCGAAAAGUUCAAGAAAGCUAGCUUGCAAUAAGUGUUAAUUUAUUAUAAUCACGUCAUUUAAUAAGAUUAUACUCAUAUAUUACUCUA